AUGUGGCUUGUCGUGCUCUUGUCCUGCCUGGGUGGGUGCUGGGGUCAGUACGACCCCAACAUGGUGGCCGGAACCACAACCAUCGUCCACCUCUUUGAGUGGCGCUGGACGGACAUCGCAGCCGAGUGUGAACGCUACCUGGCACCCAACGGCUUCGGCGCCGUUCAGAUCUCCCCACCCAAUGAGCACAUCGUGCUGUCUGAGCCGCGGCGACCAUGGUGGGAACGUUACCAGCCCGUCAGCUACAAGCUCUGCUCCCGCUCCGGAUCCGAGUCCCAGUUCAUUGACAUGGUGGCACGCUGCAACAAUGUGGGGGUGCGGAUCUAUGCAGAUGUUGUGAUCAACCACAUGUGUGGGGCGGGGGGGGGUUCAGGCACCCACUCUUCCUGCGGCUCCUACUUCAGCGCCGCCACCCGCGAGUUCCCCUCCGUCCCCUACUCGCCCCCCGACUUCAACGACGACAAGUGCACCUCCCCCAGUGGCGACAUCGAGAACUACAACGAUGUCAACCAGGUGAGGAACUGCCGGCUGGUCAGUCUGCUGGACUUGGCGCUGGAGAAGCCCUGGGUCCGUGCCAGGGUGCUGGACUAUCUGAACCACAUGCUGCAGCUCGGCGUGGCCGGAUUCAGAGUGGACGCCUGCAAGCACAUGUGGCCCGGGGACCUGGAGGCCAUCAUGAGCAGCCUGAACCCACUGAACACUCGCUGGUUCAGCAAAGGUGCCCGGCCCUUCAUCUACCAGGAGGUUAUAGAUCUGGGGGGCGAGCCCAUCAAGGCCUCCCAGUAUUUCGGGCUGGGCCGGGUCACGGAGUUCAAGUACGGAUCCAAACUGGGCCGAGUGGUCCGUGGCUGGGACGGUGAGAGGAUGUCUUACCUCAGGAACUGGGGCGAGGGAUGGUCCUUCAUGCCCAGCGACCGUUCGCUCGUCUUCAUAGACAACCACGACACGCAACGAGGCCAUGGACCGGGAGGAAGCUCCGUGCUCACCUUUUGGGAACCCCGUCUGUACAAGGUGGCCGUGGCCUUCAUGCUGGCCCACCCGUACGGAGUGACCCGCGUGAUGUCCAGUUACCGCUGGGACCGGCGGUUCGUUAACGGCAAGGAUGAGAACGACUGGAUGGGCCCCCCCAGUGAGGCUGACGGCUCCACCAGACCGGUGACCAUUCGGGCCGACUCCACCUGUGGCGACGGCUGGGUGUGUGAGCAUCGGUGGCGGCAGAUCAGGAACAUGGUGGUGUUCCGUAACGCGGUGGGUUCGCAGCCGCUGAGGAACUGGUGGGACAACGGCGGCAACAUGGUCGCCUUCGGCCGCGGAGACCGAGGAUUCAUCGCCAUCAACAUGGACAACUGGCCCAUGGAGAUGACCCUACAGACGGCGCUGCCCGCUGGUGUUUAUUGCGACGUGAUCUCGGGGCAGAGAGCUGGCGACCGCUGCACGGGACUGCAGGUGACGGUGAAUGCAUGCGGCAAUGCAGUGUUCCACAUCAGCAACGACGCGCAGGACCCCAUGGUGGCCAUCCACAUACACAGCCGACUGUAACCCCC